AUGAACGUAGCAGAAAAGAAAAGAAAACGACUCGAAGAAGAAAAGCUGUCCUUGAAGCAGAAGGAAUUCAAACAAACAAAACUCACGGAUAAAACAAACAACACUCCCUCCUCCUCACUGAAGGAAGAUGUCGAAAUUCCAGGAUUGUAUCUAGCAGAGAAUUUCAUUGAUCAAGAAACUGAAACCAAGCUGAUGAAAGAAAUUGACGAACGAGAAUGGAGAUCUGAUUUGACCAGAAGAACACAACAUUAUGGUUAUGCUUAUAAUUAUUCUUCAAGAAACGUCAAUAAUAGCAACAAUCAGACAUCAGCUCCACCAAUUCCAGAAGUGUUCAAAGAAUUAUUGAAGGACAUUCAGGCCGUGGCCUCCGAACAAAUUAAAUCGCUGGAAUUCAAACAAGUUAUUGUUAAUGAAUAUAAGGGCACGAGUCAAGGAAUUUCAAAGCAUGUGGAUCAGUGUAUAGACUUUGGGCCUGUCAUUCUUAUUCUAAGCCUUGGAGACGAUUGUGUCAUGAGAUUUCACAAGCUCGAGCGAGUGAUUGAGGAAGAAUUGGUGUCAAAGAGCGUAAAGAGAAAAGAAGUGUCUCCUUCCAUAGUUGUGGAUAAACUUCUUCCAAGAAGAUCUUUGAUCAUUCUUUCCAAAGAUGCAAGAUAUCAGUUCCAACAUGAAAUCCCAAAAACUAAAACGUUUAAGGUGAAGAACACAGUGGUGAAAACAAGGACAGAGAGUUACAGAAGAGUUUCUGUUACCUUUCGGUCUCUUCGAUCUACUGCAAAGUGA